AUGUAUCUUUCAGUGACCUCAUACAAGAUUGAGGGUAAACCACUGCCUCGAGUUGUUGCUCUUGGGUGUGUUUCACUUGCACUUGCGCUGGUUAUCGAACACCUGCAGGUUAAAAGCGGAACUGCACUUCUUCUGCGUUCUGAUGUAGACGGGACCAUUCGCGAGGCUACUGAUCGCCCAGCCAAGCACUUCGAGCCUAUUUUUGUGUUCCAGAAAAUUCGUGAUCCUUAUUUAGACUUGCGGGAUUACGCACGACUCAUCACCAAGGCUUGGAACGCUACGAUGCACAUCUCGCAGAAGGAUGACCCUACGCGCGAUCUGUUCCUCCACAAUCCACCAAAACAGCUGAUCAAUGACGAGCUCAAAAUGGAGAAGUCCAGUAAGGUCUUGGCAACAAUCCCUGACACCACUGUCAGAAAAAAACUGCAGCAGAUCAUUGAUCGAUUCUUGGCGAUGUGUUCAACCACGUAUCCUCUACUUCCUGGAGAAACUAUCACUGAACAUCACCUUGCAAUGCUUACGGCAUCAUACCGUUACGCCGUCCCAGGAGCUAUUGCGUACGUACGCACAACGAAUUAUGCGGACACAGUUUUUAUUGCCCACCAAGUGCGGUUUGACGUGUCUACUGGCCAUCCUGCCCUUGUGUAUCGACAGACCACGCAGGUGAGCGUUGCUUCUUGA